AUGAAGAUUUUCCAACCGAGCUGGGUCCAUCACGAUGAGAAAUCCAUUUUCUCGAUCGAUAUUCAUCCCAGCGGCGAAAGAUUUGCCACCGGUGGUCAAGGAUGCGAUUCCGGGCGUGUAGUCAUCUGGAACAUGGCUCCGGUGCUGAAUGAACAGGCCGAGGCGAACAAAAGUGUUCCGCGCAUACUGUGCCAGAUGGACAACCAUCUGGCCUGUGUAAACUGUGUGCGGUGGUCCGGAAACGGUCUAAUGUUAGCUUCCGGUGGCGACGAUAAGCUCGUAAUGAUAUGGAAAAAGACGAUCAGUGGCAGCGGCGGUAUUGGCGCAUUUGGCGGUGGUGGUAAGUCCGUCGAACAUUGGCGUUGUAUUUCCACACUCCGCGGGCACGCGGGCGAUGUGCUCGACUUGGCCUGGUCACCGCAAGACCGAUGGAUGGCUAGUUGCAGUGUCGAUAACACCAUCAUCAUUUGGGAUGCGCAACAAUUCCCAAAAAUUGUCCACGUGCUCAAGGGCCAUACCGGUUUGGUGAAAGGCGUCACGUGGGAUCCAGUGGGGAAGUUUAUCGCUUCUCAGAGCGAUGAUCGGUCGCUCAAGGUGUGGAAAACCACCGACUGGAGCUGUUUCAAGACGAUCACGGAACCGUUUGAAGAGUGUGGCGGUACGACGCACAUUCUUCGGCUGUCGUGGUCACCGGACGGCCAGUAUCUAGUGUCGGCACACGCCAUGAACGGCGGUGGACCGACAGCUCAGAUAAUCGAGCGAGAUGGUUGGAAGUGUGACAAAGACUUUGUCGGUCAUCGGAAAGCGGUUACGUGCGUCCGGUUCCACAACUCUAUUCUCAAGCGAUCCGCACCUAAGACAAACAAGCUGCAACAAUACUGUUGCCUAGCAGUUGGAGCACGCGAUAGAAGUUUAUCCAUCUGGUUGACGGCUUUGCAAAGACCGCUGGUGGUUAUACAUGACCUGUUCCAGGAUUCGAUACUCGACCUUUCGUGGAGUUGCGAUGGGUACACGUUGCUUGCGUGUAGCGGCGACGGCCACAUUGCCUGUCUGCAGUUUACCGCCCAAGAGCUUGGCACGCCACUCUCCGAGGAAGACAAAAACAUUCUGUACCAGCGUAUGUACGGCAAAAAUGCUAACAUCGAUCUAACAGCGCAGGCCGAAAAGGAAAUGAUUGUGGAAAAUUCAGACUUUCUGAACGUGUUGAAAAGUAACCCAGUUCCACCCACCUUAAUCCCGCAGCAGCAACCGCAGCUGGGUGCGAAAAAGGAUGAUCCGUCACACGCUGUCGCUCAAAUGCCCAUGGUCAUCCAAUCUUCUUCUAGUCUUACGACCCCCACACCUAUUCUCAAACAAAUCGAAACGAAAACAGCGGACGGCAAGCGUAGAAUCACGCCAAUGUUUAUUCCCUUGAACGAUGAUAAUGGAAUUGCGUCAAAUGCCACCAACAACAUACCGGCGCCUAUCGAAUUUGGCAGCAAGUCGAGCGAAACUAUGACACCUGUUGAGACGAAACAACUCGCAAGCGAAGAGCCAAAUAUUCCUCUCACUGCCGAACCAACGUCCAAGCUGGAUAAUCGACUGAAACGAAUUGCCACGGUCCCACCGCAGAAAGCCGAACCAUUGGCGGCAACAGAACAGAUUGCUGGGUCAAGUUCAAAGCAGCCGGCAUCGAACCAAAAGCUGGUUGAACGAACGAGACAACCCACGUACUCGACCGGUAAAGCGACCGUUAUCCAAGGUAACUCCUUCAAAGCCUUUGGGGAAGUGAGAGUCCAGGUACAGAACAAUAGCAUUAAAACGGCAUACGGAACGCUGGGCCGAGUGGUUGGCCUUGUUGUGAACGCUCAACGGAUGGAGAGAAAGAUCUGGGAAACGGUCGUUGGAUCGCCGGUAGUUUGCUUUGCGGUUGGAGCGAAAUGUGCGAUCGUUUGCAGCCAGGACCACUCCAUAAGAAUGGUGGACAUUAAGACGGGUACUCCCGUCUUCCCGGUACUCAGUCUUACAAGCCCGGCCGUACAGAGUGUCUUCAGCUCGAACUCAAAGCUGGCCGCUGUAGUUACCGAAAGUGGCAUACUUCGCAUCUGGAAUGUGGUCGAAAAAUCCGUGUUACUGUCGACCAACUGUGCCGAAGUCAUGAGUGGAAGUUUUGUCACAAUACUUCAUGUGUCCGAUCAGGGGAUGCCUUUCAUAGUGCUCUCGAAUGGAUCGUCUUACUCGUACUGCCGGAAGCUCGACAGCUGGAUGCUAAUCAAUUCGUCCGAUCCAGUCAUACGCCACGGGUUGAUUGGCAACAAAGCUAACGCACCUGUGAGAAACAUUAAAGCGUACCCACUGUCCACGAUACAAUCGUACGGCAAUUUUUCCGGCCCGAAAACAAACAGCUUUGCCGAAAUACACUCCGCAUCCUGGCAAACGUCUGCGGCGAUAGCGUUUAUCGAAAAUCAAAUAAAGAUCUGCGAAAUGAUUACAUCUCCAGCCGAGCUCAAGUACUGGUACUCGAUGUUAGGCUUCCAAUUAGCACUGAAUGGAAGCGAGGAGAAGAUUCGUCAAGUGCUGGACGAUCUGCUUGGCGCAUCGCACAGCUUAGACACGCGGAUGGGCGACGAUAACGAUCCGUCCGUGCUGGGCAUCUCGAAGCAUGUGUUCAUGGAGGACGUGUUGAACCACCUGAAAAUGCAAACCAAAUGGCAGCGCAUCUACACGGAGUAUCUGGACCAGUUGAAAUUCCUCAAGGAGCGAGAGGCGCGAGACAAACAACUGAUGGAGUAG